AUGUCUAGUGUGACCAUCGACAACGACGAGCCCAUUCCGGGUCGCAGGGGGGCUGACAUGACCAUGGUGCGCCUUUUCUUCGGUCAUCUAUCCUUUGAAGAAGUGGAACGGGCAGGUCGCGAAGAGAACCACAAGAUGUGGCGCGAAGAAUUCCGCAGUCAUCUGAAGCGUGACCUGUCACUCCCGACUUAUGAUAGUCUGACUAGCAUUGCCGUACCAGGGGAGUUGGCAAUGUCUUUGUCUACCUGGCUUGCAGCCAAUCCCGGAAACCUCGCGGAGUGCCCCACCCGGAAGUACAGCCCUGCGGUCGUGGAAAUCGUGUGUGACGCCCUCUUCGAUCCAGAGUACAAGCUCCCCGACGAAAUUCCUUACGGCACAUCAGAGACAGAGUUCCACCUGCAAGUCUACUUCUGUGCAAUCGAAAUGGACAUGCAGUAUCUCCAGAACUCCGCUUUCCAGUUCAUGAUGGUAGCCCUCUGCGAAGAGGGACUGGAGUCUGAAGAGCUCAGGAAAUUGUGUGGGAUUCAUGGGCUGUUCCUCCCGGACUUCUGCGAGCAGGCGAAGACGAUACCUCAGUAUGAACUGAUCAUGUGCGCUUUCGCCACUCACAUCGCCGUUCACGAAACCAAAUACGCCGGAGACUAUGCGUACAGCAGUCUGUUGCUUUCUACCAAAGGAUGGCUGGCGUACUAUGUCCACGCUGUUAGGGGCGACGUUCAACGUUACAUCGAGGCACUGAAGGAGGAUGACUACGCGAUGGCUGUUGGCCGUUAG